CUUGAACUCAGACCACACGUCCCUGUUAAAUACAUCAGCUUUUAAAUCAAUCUUUGUCCAAAGUCCAGCAAGUUCCAAGACUAGUAGUGUUAACAGCAGAGAGAAUUCCUAGUGGCCGGGUGGCUCCUUCUCCCAUAGAAAUGGCCUCCACCUUCAGCCCCAGAGAGUGUAAAUUGUCCAAACAAGAGGGCCAGAACUAUGGCUUCUUCCUGCGCAUUGAGAAGGACACUGAUGGCCACCUGGUCCGGGUGAUUGAGAAGGGGAGCCCCGCAGAGAAAGCAGGGCUCCUGGAUGGGGACAGAGUUCUCAGGAUCAACAGGGCUGGGGUCCUGGCCGACGAUCUCUUGGUUGAAGUGAACGGAGAAAACGUAGAGAACGCCAAUCACGAGGAAGUGGUGGCGAAGGUGAAGAAGGCGGGGAGCCGUAUCGUGUUCCUCCUUGUGGACAAGGAGACUGCCAAGCGCCAUGAUGAACAGAAGACACAGUUCAAGAGGGAAACGGCCAGUCUGAAACUGCUGCCCCACCAGCCCCGGGUGGUGGAGAUCAGGAAGGGAAGCAAUGGCUACGGGUUCUACCUGAGGGCAGGCUCUGGACAGAAAGGUCAGAUCACCAAGGACAUAGAACCUGGAAGUCCAGCCGAGGCAGCUGGCUUGAAGAACAACGACUUGGUGGUCGCUGUCAAUGGCGUGUCCGUGGAAGGCCUCGAUCACGACAGUGUAGUGGAAAUGAUCAAGGAGGGCGGAGAGCAGACCACACUGCUGGUGGUGGACAAAGAGGCGGACAGCAUCUAUGGACUGGCUCGUUUUUCUCCACUUCUCUACUGCCAAAGUCAAGAACUGCCCAAUGGUUCUGUCGGGGAAGCUGCAGCUCCUGUGGCUGCUCCUCUGGAGGCCACAAGUCCAGACACUGUGGAGGAUGCGGGGGACCAUAAACCCAAGCUCUGUAGACUGAUUAAAGUCGACGACAGCUAUGGUUUCCACCUGAAUGCCAUUCGGGGUCAGCCAGGCUCCUAUGUCAAAGAGGUACAGGAGGGUGGCCCUGCGGACAAGGCUGGGCUGGAGGACGAGGACGUCAUCAUUGAAGUGAACGGGGAGAGCGUGCAGGAGGAACCCUACGAGAAAGUGGUGGACAGGAUCAAGAGCAGCGGGGAGCACGUCACUCUCCUGGUCUGUGGAAAGAAGGCCUACAACUACUUCCAAGCUAAGAAAAUCCCCAUCUUUUCCUCCAUGGCUGACCCCCUGGACGCCUGUUCUGAGGACAGAGGAGGAAUGUCAGCAGAGUCAGAGCUUGACCCCCAUACGGCAAGAGAACGAACUCACAGCACAGCCUCACAUUCUUCUUCCAACUCUGAAGACACAGAGAUGUGAUGAGAACUAACGUUGGUUUUGGCUACUGAAUUCCUCUUACAUGUCCAGGAGCUGCCUUUCCAAGGAAGGCGCUCCCUGCUGGCCUCAUUAGACCUCUAGAAUCACUCAUUCCACGUGUCGGUCGGUCGGUCUGCCUUUGUAAGGGCUGCUCAAUUUAGCUGGAGGGAGUGGCCAGGUUCUUUCUAUGUGAUAUCUGCCCAAGUACAACUUUCCAUUUUUGCUGAUGAAACCUCUUCUGUACGCAUCUUGAGCACCAGAGAUGAUUCAUUUGUGUAUGUGUGAGUGUGGCUAAUAAAAGUUUCAAGCAGA